UUAAAGUACGGUACAGAGAGUAUCACCAGCAAAGCUAAAAAAGAUCGAACGAACGAACGAAAAAAAAAAAAAAAAGAAAAAAAAUUCAUAAAAACUGAAAACGUAUUUUAUUUUCAAUUCCAAGUUUAUAAAACACUAUUUUAAUUUGAAGAACCAUAGCGUAACCGUAUAUCAUAUAUCCAUCAUCCAUCACUGACAUAUACUUCCCCUUGAUUAGACUAGAUCAAUCAAAAAAAAAGCAUUCAUAUCAGAUCAUCCCGACAAUAUAUACCAAACCCCUCUACCCCAUCUGAAAAUUGGUGACUAAGAAUAGUAAAAUUAUAAAUAGAAUUAUAAUAACAAUCGAUACAAUUCCAUCAUCAUAAAUCAUUUAUAACUUCUAUUAAAUCUUGAAAAAAUGUCGACACAACAACGAAAAACAUAUAAGAAUCAACUGAAAAGAUUUAAUGGAUCUGCUUCAGGCGCCACAACAUCAACAGAAUUAACUAGUUUGAUUGAAAUGUUUCCUGAUUGGGAAGGCGAUGAAUUACAUAGUUUAUUAUUAGAAAAUGAUAAUCAACCUGAAGUUGUUAUUGAUUUAAUUGUUCAUAAUAAGGUUAGUAAAUGGGAACCUAUUAAAAAGGAAAAACAACAUAAAAAGAAAGAUCAACAAGAUAAUGAAUCAAUACAACAAUCUUCCAGUCAUAAUCAAAGUAAUAAUAGUAAUAAUAAUAAUCAUAGCAUCAAUAAUAAUAACAGUUCAAAUAAUAACAAUAGAAGUUCUGGUAAAUAUUCAAAAGAUGCUAAACCAAUUAAUAAGAAACCUCCAUAUAAAAAGACUUCAACUCCAGCGGUAGCAGAAAAAUCAACUCCAAUUACCUCUACUACAUCAUCAACUACUACUACUACUACUACUACUACAACUGAGCCAAUUCCAACUUCAACUACUAAUUCUUGGGCUGCUGCUUUAUCUAAUGAUAAACCAAAACCAAAACCAAAGGUUGCCGCCGCCACUGUCGCUGCUCCUGUCGAAUCAGAAAAGAAAAAGGAAGAAGAAGAACCAGUUCCAGAAGUUGAAUCUACUACUACUGAAGAAUCUAAACCAGUUGAAUCUAAACCAGUAUUAAAAGAAGCUGCUAUUCCAGAACCUCAACAAGGAUCUUGGGCUUCUAUUAUUGCUCCAAAACCAAAACCAAAGGUUGUUAAACCAGUCAGUGCUCCUGCUCCUACUACUACUACUACUGCCACCGAAGAAGCUCCAAAAGUUGAAGCUAAACAAGUUGAAGAACCAGUUGUCGUUGCCGAACCAGAACCAGAAGUUGCUGCUCCAGCUCCAGUUGUUACUGAAGUUGUUGAACAAGUUCAACAAACUGUCACUGAACCAAUCUCCGUUGUUCCUCAAGAAACCAUUGCUCCAGCUCAAGUUGUUUUACCAACUUCAAGUCAACAACAAUUAAAUUCUGUUGGUGUUUCAUUCGGUUCUUUAUCCUUAGGUGAUGAAACUGAAACUACCACUGAAGAAGUUAAAGAAGAUGAUAGUCAAGUUCAACAACAACAAGCUCAACAAACUCAACAACAACAACAAAGAUUUGGAUUAUACAAUAAUAACAACAACAAUAACAGUAACAAUCGUUAUAAUCAAAAUGCUUACCAACAACAAUCUCAACAAUACAACCAAACUAAACAACAACAACAACAAUAUGAUUACUACACUCAAUUACAACAACAACAAUACCAACAACAAGCUGCUGGUCAACCAGGUGCUCAAUUCAGCGGUUACCCAGAUUAUUCUUACACCAAUCAAGUUGGUGCUGCUGUUGGUUCCGGUGUUGCUUCAACUGUUGCUGGUGGUUUAGGUAAUUUACAAUCUCCUGCUACUUCUCAUGUUAAUACUCAACAAAGUUAUCCAUAUCAACAAACUCAAGGUUCUCAACCAACUACUAGUUCUAGUACUGAUUCCCAAUCUCCAGUUGUUAAUCCUGCUGUUGCUCAACAAUUACAACAACAACAACAACAACUUCCAUUUGGUUAUCCAAACUACUACAACUAUUAUUAUCAACCUUAUUAUGGUCAACAAACUGGUGCUGGUGCUUUAGGUCAAACUGGUUACAAUCAACAACCAGUUCAACAACAACAAGAUUCUCAACCAUCAUCAAGUGGAACUCAAAGUAAUACUACUGCUUCAACUGGUUCAGCUGCUGGAAGUCAAAAUGGAUUUGGUAAUCAACAACAAACCCAACAACAACAAGCUGCUGCUCAAGCUUAUUAUUAUGGUCAAGCUAGUCAAUACAGUAAUAGAUAUCCUACUAGUAAUUAUGGUUAUCCACCACAACAACAAGUUGGUGGUCAACAACAAAAUGGUGCUACAUCUGCUAGUGCUGGUAGUGAAGCCAAUGAAGGUCAACAACAACAACAACAAGCUAGUGUUCAAGGUCAACAACAAGGUCAACAACAAGCUGGUGUUCAAGGUCAACAACAACCUCAACAAGCUGGUCAACCACCUGUUCCUCAACAACCUAUCCUUCCUCAAUUUGGUGGAUAUCAACAAUAUCCUCAAUAUGGUUAUCAAGAUAAUAACUAUAGUCGUGGAUGGUAUUAAAGUUGAAAAAUUUUAAAAAUAAUGACAUUUUUUAACUAUUAUUUGUUGUUUAUGUUGUGAGACACAAAUUAUGUUUUAUGUUUUAUUCAAAGAGAAUUGGAUUUAAAGGAAUUGUUAAAAUUUUUAUCUCUAUAUAUUAAAGUGUAAAAAAUUUUUUUUUAAAAAAAGAAGAAAAAUUAAUAAUAUAUGUAUAUAUUAAAAAUUGAUUAU